ACCAGGGAGAGCUAGACAGUCAGAGACUGCUGGAGAGUUCCUGGAGGUUCCCACACCCUGCAGGAUGAAAGCAGUGGUGCUGACUGUGGCCGUGCUCUUCCUGACGGGGAGCCAGGCUCGGCAUUUCUGGCAGCGAGAUGAACCCCAGUCCUCAUGGGAUCGAAUAAAGGAUUUCGCCACUGUGUACUUGGAUGCAGUCAAAGACAGCGGCAGAGAUUAUGUGACCCAAUUUGAAACCUCUGCUUUGGGAAAACAGCUAAACCUGAAGCUUCUGGACAACUGGGACACCCUGAGCUCCACUGUCAGUAAGCUGCGCGAACAGAUUGGCCCAGUGUCUCAGGAGUUCUGGGAUAAACUGGAAAAAGACACCGUGUCGCUAAGGCAGGAGAUGAACAAGGAUCUGGAGGAGGUGAAGCGGAAGGUGCAGCCCUACCUAGAUGAGUUCCAGAAGAGGUGGCAAGAAGACGUGGAGCGCUACCGCCAGCAGGUGGAGCCGCUGAGCACAGAGCUGCGCGAGGGCGCGCGCCAGAAGCUGCAGGAGCUGCAUGAGAAGCUGAGCCCMCUGGGCCAGGAGCUGCGUGACCGCGCACGCACCCACGUGGACGCGCUGCGCACGCAUCUGGCGCCCUACAGCGAUGAGCUUCGCCAACGCCUGGCCGCGCGCCUCGAGGCGCUGAAGGAGGGCUCCUCCCUCGCCGAAUAUCAGGCCAAGGCCACCGAGCACCUGAGCGCGCUCAGCGAGAAGGCCAAGCCCGCGCUGGAGGACCUCCGCCAGGGCCUGAUGCCGGUGCUGGAAAACCUCAAGUUGAGCUUCUGGAGCGCCGUCGACGAGGCCACCAAGAAGCUGAACACCCAGUGAGGCGCCCGCAGCUACUGCUCCCCCAUUCCAGCUUUCGGGUUCUUAGAAUAAACGUUUCCAAAGUG